CUUCCGAGGGAGGGCAUGUGGACGAUCAACGCCAUCGGCCGCCUGGGGAACCAGAUGGGCCAGUACGCCACGCUGUACGCCCUGGCCAAGGCCAACGGCCGGCCGGCCUACAUCCCCGCGCCCAUGCACCGCACGCUGGCGCCGCUCUUCCGCAUCAGCCUCCCGGUCCUGCACAGCUCCACGGCCAGCGCCGUCCCGUGGCGCAACUACCGGCUGGACGACUGGAUGCAGGAGCGCUACCGCCACAUCCCGGGCCGCUACGUGCGCCUCACCGGCUACCCCUGCUCCUGGACCUUCUACCACCACCUGCGGCCCGAGAUCCUGCGCGAGUUCAGCCUGCACGAGCACGUGCGCCGCGAGGCGCAGGCCGUCCUGGGGGCGCUGCGCGUGCACGGGGCGCGGCCCCGCACCUUCGUGGGGGUGCACGUGCGGCGCGGCGACUACGUGCACGUCAUGCCGCGCGUGUGGAAGGGGGUGGUGGCCGACCGCGCGUACCUGCGGCAGGCCCUGGACUGGUUCCGCGCCCGCUACCCGGCCCCGGUCUUCGUGGUCACCAGCAACGGGAUGGCCUGGUGCCGGGACAACAUCGAUGCCUCGCGCGGGGACGUGGUGUUCGCGGGCGACGGCCUCGAGGGCUCGCCGGGCAAGGACUUUGCUCUGCUCACGCAGUGCAACCACACGGUCAUGACCAUCGGGACCUUCGGGAUCUGGGCCGCCUACCUCGCGGGUGGGGACACCGUCUACCUGGCCAACUACACGCUGCCCGACUCCCCCUUCCUCAAAGUCUUCAAGCCCGAGGCGGCCUUCCUGCCGGAGUGGGUGGGCAUCGCCGCCGACCUGGGGCAGGGCAGCCCCUAGCCAAGGGCGUCCCUUGUCCUGGUCCCCCAAAAGCCAGCGUAUGUGGGUUCAGCGUGUGGAGUCAGGAUCCCUUAGGGAAUUUGAAUCCAGCAGGCAGCUGUGUGACCUUGCCCGGAGGACUUCACCUCUCUGUGCCAUCGUGCGGGGGUGAAAUGGCGCUCCCAGAACAUACGCCUCCUGAGGACUGGACAAGCUCGCUCAGAGCUGUGCCUGGGAGACUCCUUGGUGCCUUGUACA